GAGAGAACCAAGCAAAAGAAAGAAAUAAAAGAGAAAUAGAAAAGAUUAAGUAAUGGAGACAAUCAAGGUUGAAGACAUCGGUAGAGAAAUCAUAAAGCCAUCUGCCACAACUCCGAAUGAUCUUCGAACUCUCCAAUUCUCUAUUAUGGAUCACUUCAUGCCUCCUGUUUACACCGUCGCCUUUCUUUUCUACACAAAAGAUGAUUUGAUCUCCCGAGAACAAACUUCCCACAAACUCAAGACUUCUUUGUCCGAAACCUUGACAAAAUUCUACCCAUUUGCUGGCAGAAUCAACGGAGUUACCGUCGACUGUAACGACGAAGGAGCGGUCUUUGUCGACGCACAUGUUGAUAACUGUCCUCUCUCUGCCUUUCUCAGAUCUCCAGAUUCCGAGACCCUACAACAGUUGCUUCCUCUAGACGCGGAGGCCACUCCUACAUGGCCAUUGCUGCUGGUAAAGGCAACCUACUUUCAAUGCGGGGGCAUGGCCAUUGGAAUCUGCAUCUCCCAUAAGCUCGCCGAUGCAGCCUCUCUCUCGACAUUCAUUCAGGUUUGGGCUGCCACGACUCGAGGAGAGAGCGACUCUGUGGCGAGUCCUGAGUUCGCUGCGACAAAACUUUUCCCACAAGCCAACGAGGCCUUUACACUUCCGGUAGAAGAUCAAGCUGGUAAGAGAAAAAGUGUCACGAAGAGAUUUGUGUUUGUAGCUUCUAAACUCGAAGAGCUCAGGAAAAGAGCAGCUAGUGCAGAUGCCGUGCCUCAACCCACGCGGGUCCAGAGCGUGACUUCCCUUAUCUGGAGAUGCGUUGUGGCUGCAUCACCAGACACAACUCUUAAGAAAGUGCUGGCCCAACCAGCUAAUUUGCGCCCCAAGAUACCUUCUCUUUUAUCGGAAAAUCUAAUCGGUAACCUCAUGUUCUCCACCAUUACCUUGAAUGGAAAAUGUGAGGUGGAGAUUGUAGAAGUUGUUAAAGAACUACGAAAAAGAGCAGAGGAGUUAGCCCAUUUGAUCCAAGACGAAGAAGGAUCAUCGAUUACCAUUGGUUCGAAAUUGGUUGGUCAAAUGAUGAAUAACUAUUCCAAGUUAAUCUCCGAGCCUCAUGUCCCGCACUGUGUAACUAGCUGGUGCAAGCUUCCGCUUUACAAAGCUUGUUUUGGGUGGGGAUCUCCGAUUUGGGUCGCCGGAAAUGUGGCUCCGGCUUUAGACAAUGUUACAGUGUUGAUCGAUUCAAACGACGGACAAGGAAUCGAAGCAUGGGUGACAUUGUAUCAAGAAGACAUGUCAUUGUUCGAGCAGAGCACAGAACUGCUUGCCUUUGCCUCCUUAAAUCCAAGUGUCUUGAUCUAAACUUUGCAUCAUAAUGACGAAAGCUGUCAAAUUAUAA